AUGCCAUAUUCUCGUGUGAUAUUGUCAAGGAGUUUUUUCCGUAGACUCCAAAAUGCAAGUACCAGUGGGGUACGUUCCAUGUUCGCCAAGGCCAUCCUGUCGUUUUACAGGUUCCUUCAAGAAAACAUAGGCACAGCUGCUGGAAGUGAUCGGAUUAACGGGAUCCAGCAAGCAGUAGCACUUGCUGAGCGUGAAGUGAACAGAUUGAAAAAUGAGAACGAAAUGUUGAGCACAUUCAGUGGGAUUUCUGCUGAAAGAAGAUUGCAGGAGCUGGAGCGAUACUGUGCAGUGAGAGCAAUCGUGAAAUCGAAGCGCAUAGAUGAAAGAGUAGCAUAUAUGGUGCAAGCAUUCAAUGAAAACGGAUCCAUAAACCAUUAUAAUUACAACUAUGUGAUGGGUGCUAUCAUGGCGUAUUUGGUGCACUGCAACGCUGCACGAAACGAGCUUUGUUACAAGACUCGUUAUGGCAACAUGUGUGGAAGCGGCGAAGGAUGCAGCGGACUAGAACCGGUCGAACACCGACAUGUCUUGAGAUCGGAGCAAUUUUGGGUAGGAAGAUACCCCCUACCAAAGCACCACCAUAGGGUCCGAGAACCGACCAGC